AUGCCGCUUCAGGACUCCGGUGGUCGUGGUCGUGGUGGUGCUGGUGGUGUUGGCACAGCUGCGGAUGACACCGGCCCGAAGCUCAAGAAGCGGUCGGCAUCACCGAAGCCACAUGCCGCCUCCAAUGCUUCGGCCGUGCCGGAGCCACUGGUUGCCAAGGCGGAUGUGCUCAUUGCAGCAAGCCUCUGUGCAGGCAGGGCAUGCCAAGGCGAUGCUUGCAGGCAACAGCUUCGAGCCGCACGGCAGCUCCACGGAACAAGCUGCGAUGU